CUAAUAAAAAAAAUUGAUCGUGGAUCAUCGUUCCCAAAUUUGUAACCUUUAUUUUCACACCCUCCUCUGUUCCCCACUUUCCCUACUUUGUCACCUCCUCCUCCUCCUUCUCCCCCUCCUCCUCCGUUGAAUCCUUCGCAUAGAGAAGUAAAAGCUCCUCCUCCUCCUCCUCCUCCUCUGCGUCUUCGUCUUCGUCUUCGUCUUCGUCUUCGGCGAGAUCGGGGGGGCGACGAACAUGGCGGGGCGGCGGGAGGGCCCGCUGAUGCGGGGGGGCGCGCCGCCGCCCUCGCGCGGAUCCCGCAUCGCCAUGGCCAUCGCCGUGGGGAUCCUCCUCGGCUGCGUCUUCGCCUUCCUCUACCCCGAUGGUUUCUUCCUCCACUCCUCUGGUUCCGCUUCCUCCUACCUCCGCACCAUCAAGGUUGGUAGUUGUGAAUCAUCAGAGAGAGUUAAUUCCUUAAAGUCCGAGUUGGCAUCAUUAUCAGAAAAGAAUUCAGAAUUGAAAAAGCAGAUUAAGGAGCUUACUUUGAGGCUUCAAUCAGCUGGAAUAGAUACACUUCCCAUCAAGGCGGGUCCAUUUGGUACUGUGAAGGCUAUUAGAACAAACCCGACCGUAACUCCUGAUGAAUCUGUGAACCCCAGACUGGCCAAAAUACUCAAAGAGGUAGCCGUGAAGAAGGAGCUUAUAGUUGCCCUCGCAAAUUCCAACGUGAGAGAAAUGCUUGAAUUUUGGUUUACCAAUAUAAAAAGAGUCGGUAUACCAAAUUACCUAGUCGUGGCGCUGGAUGAGAAUAUAGAAAACUUUUGUAGAUCAAAUAAGGUUCCUGUUUAUAGAAGGGAUCCAGAUGAGGGCAUCGACUCCAUUGCAAAGACAGGUCAAAACCAUGCAGUUUCUGCAUUAAAAUUUCACAUUCUGAGGGAAUUUUUGCAGCUUGGGUACAGUGUUCUUCUCUCUGAUAUCGAUAUAGUUUACUUGCAAAACCCAUUCGAUCACCUUUACAGGGAUUCUGAUGUGGAAUCGAUGAGUGACGGUCACGAUAAUAUGACAGCCUAUGGUUAUAAUGACGUCUUUGAUGAGCCUUCGAUGGGUUGGUCAAGAUAUGCUCAUACUAUGCGGAUUUGGGUUUACAAUUCCGGAUUUUUCUACAUAAGACCCACCAUCCCCUCAAUCGAGCUUUUGGACCGAGUAGCUUAUCGGUUAUCUCAUGAGCCGAAAUCAUGGGAUCAAGCGGUGUUUAACGAAGAGCUCGCUUUCCCCUCCCGUCCAGGACGUGAUGGCCUUUAUGCAGCAAGGAGAACAAUGGAUAUAUAUCUCUUCAUGAACAGCAAAGUUCUGUUUAAAACCGUUAGGAAGGAUCCUAAGCUGCGCACGUUGAAACCAGUGAUUGUUCAUUUGAAUUACCAUCCGGAUAAGUUAGAGAGGAUGAAAGCUGUCGUGGAGUUUUAUGUCAAUGGAAAGAAAAACGCGCUCGAAAACUUCCCAGAUGGGUCAGCAUGAUAAACUUUAUUCUUCAAUUGCAGCAGUCGCAGCAACACAUCUUAACUUAAUACUGAGAUUCAACGAGCACCGAAGAAAGAAUCAUGUGAGUUGAUACCAAUCUCCGUGAAGUUACAAUUGUUGACCGUAUAUUUACUGGGCCUUUCACCCAAACCGCUUUGUAGUAGUAACUGCAUGUUUGAAUUACCACUCAGAAGUGUUCUUUUCUAUAUGUCAACUUGGCGAAUUUAAUUUUGUCCUUGAGCUUAAAUUGUAUUUAAAAGUAGCAUAGCGAUUUCGAUUGUAACUUUUAUGCUAUUUUGUGGUAUUUUGGGACUUUUUGACAGAAAUGAAUGUUACGUGGAUUUGGAUGCUAAUGAAAUUCUCUUUCGAUAGAA